ACCGAGAUAACGCAUAUCCAUAUUAGCCUCGGUGAUUGACUAAAUUGUAAGGCUAAAAUUCAAUGGCAAAUUGUGAUAUCAAGAUUCAAGACGUCGAAAUCAGUAUCAGAGCAUUGGGAAGAACCCAAAUUGUGAAAAAACAUCAGCGUUCGAAAAUCGCUGCAAAAAUGAUCUGUGGGAUGCUGUCAACAACCACUUCUCUAUGUUCGAUUUCCAUUUUCGAUCCUCAAAGACCCACAAGGAGCAUGUCUCAUUCGAGGGCAUUUGUUAGAAAGAUUAGAUGCUCAAGUCUUAGCCCAGACAUGCCUAUAACAACUGAGAAAUCUGAGAAUGGUAGUUUAGUUACCGGCGCUGCAUAUGAUUUUGAAAGAAGUACAACAUCUCUGAGUCAAAAGUUAUUAUCAACGCCAAAGAAUGUAAUGCUUGUAAGACAUGGCCUUAGCUCAUGGAAUGACGAGGGUAGAGUACAGGGAAGCUCAAACUUGUCUGUCCUAACUGAAACUGGAGUGAGACAAGCAGAGAAGUGCCGUGAAGCCUUGGCAAACAUAUACUUUGAUCAAUGCUUUUCAAGUCCAAUAUCUAGGGCUAAGUCUACUGCUGAAGUUAUAUGGCAAGGAAGGGAAGAGCCGUUGGUAUUUCUUGAUUCGCUAAAGGAGGCACAUCUGUUUUUCCUCGAGGGCAUGAGAAAUGUAAAUCAUGUUCAGUAUUUGGAGUCAGUGGAUGCUAGGCAGAAAUAUCCAAAGGAGUUUACGAAAUGGAGAGAAGAUCCUGCCAAUUUUGAUGUCAAUGGUUUCUAUCCCAUUCGGAAAUUAUGGGUAACUGCAAGAGAGGCUUGGAGGGAAAUAUUGCUCACUCCUGGAAAAAAUGUUCUAGUUGUCACACAUAAAUCAAUAUUGAGGGCAUUGAUCUGCACAGCUUUAGGACUAAGUCCUGAAAGGUUCCGUGCAAUAGAUGUGAAUAAUGGUGGGAUAUCCAUGUUCAGUUUCAACAAAAAGGGUGAAGCCAUGCUCCAGUCUCUGAACAUGACGGCUCAUAUGUACAGUGACCAUGUCUAUCAGAUAUGACCUUUUGUUUACCACAAAUGUUACGCAAGGAAGCCGACUUCACUGCCUGACACAGGAGGAGACUGUUAUUGUAUUUUAUAUAUGUGGAAGAAGGUUUUAUUGUUACAACCCGGUUUGAUGGCAAUGUAUACACUUCAAUACACCAUAUGAUCAAGUGAGUUAUAGAUAUUAGUGUGGCAAGUCCUGCAACAGGGACUAUGUAAAAGCUUACAUUGUCUUCUACUGAAAGUGUUUCAAACAAAUUUUCUUUUUUGUUCU